CGGCGCGGCCCUUGCAAAUAUCCUAAACAUUGUAUUAAACUCUAAAUCCACCAAUUGCGAUAUAAACUGUAUGUGUAAAAACCAACCAAUAGCAGCAACCUUCAGCUGGCCCUAAGACAUUUGAGAAGCAGCAGAAUCUAAUCAUGAGCGAUGAUACGUACCAGAUAGAGACGCGACGUCGUUCGCGUUCCAAGACCCCCUUCCUUCGCUCCAGUUGCGAUCAUGAGAAUUGCGAGCAUGCUGGCGAGGAGGGACAUGUGCAUCACCAGAAGAAGAAGUCGGCGCAGGCUCCCAAUGUGCAUACGAUCAUCGAGGAGAGUGUCGUGGUGGAGUCGAGCAUCAGCAAGAAGGGACGGAACAAAGCAUUUUCCCAGAUGACCUCCGACUUUUCGGCCGAUGACAUUACUCCGGACGCUAAGCGCAAACAGACCUCGACCACCACAACAGUCACGUCAAUCACCACCAACAGAAUGGGUGCCACAUCGACCCCCCACAAUAAGAUCCAACUGGAGACCAAGCAAAAUGUGCUGAACACCGCCCGCGAGCAGCUGAACAGCAGCAAGCGCUCGAACGGCACCCACAGUACGGUGGAUCCCAGCGUCGCCUAUAUCGAGUACAAAAAUGCUGGCGAAUAUUGGAACAAUACACCCAAGACGGACUACACAUAUUCACAGCUGUCCCCACAUCGCCGCCAAUUGGCCCCAGGUGUUGUGGCCAUGCCCAAUAUGUCUCGUCGUAGCCUCGCCAACCAUGAUGCCCGUGUGAACUUAAUGGUCCAGCAGAAUCCGGACCAGGAAGAGCUCAUCCGUCGUCGCUACCAGUCAAGGAAAUCGCAGUACUUGAACUACGAUUCGGCAGACGAGCUGGACGCCACAACGUUUGGACAGCAGCAAAAGCAGAGCUUUUGGCUGGUCCGUCUCAUCCAUGUCGUCCUGAGCACCGUCACGACCAUGUGGACGCGCAUCACCAACAUUUCGGCCACAGAGACGAAUGCGUAUCAAACCUAUUACGCCAGGCAGCAAAGGAACCAAGAACGCAGUGUGCUAGGACGGAUUGGCAAUGCCAUGGGCGACAGUCUGUCGAGUCUUCUGCAAUACGUCUAUCUGUUCGUUGGAUCGGUACUGAGUCUGGACACGUGGCUGCUGAGAUCUUCGGAUGUGGAAAACAAGUCGAAGAAGCGUUUUCUCAUACUGCUGCUGAUCUUGCUGCCCUUGCUGCUGCUGACGGCCUGGUCGCUGUUGCAGGAGGAUCAGAAACUCAGCUACGUUCAACAUGUCCAGGCCCUGCUGCCGCUGCCUCUGACUCUGCUGGCCACGUGGCGUGGGCAUCUGUCCAGCGCCACAGCCUCGCUGAAGUCUCUGCUGGAGCUGCCUUUGGUGCCUAGGGCUCCUGAAGAAGCCGAAACCAUCAAGUCGAACAUGGCGGGCAUAGAGCAGAGCAUACGGAAAGCCCUUACCGCCGAGGAAUACGAGAAUAUUCUGAAUCACGUCAACAGCUAUGUCCAGCAGCUGGUGGAGCUGAAACUCCAGCAGCAGCAGCAGCAGCAGCAGUAUACGCAGAGAGAGCAGCAGCUUUCGCCUCAGCAGAUUCACAUUAUCGUUCAGCUGAUGAAGCAGAACCUCCAGGAUUUUACUGCCAAGGUGGAGCUCAGUGAACAGGAUCUGAAUGAUUUGGCCGCCAAACUGAAGCUGGAGCUGCAAAGGUCGGGCGACUGGCAGCCGGAGGCGAGACUGUCGACAGCUAACCUGGAGGAGAUCAACAGGCUGAUCAAGGCUGAAGUUAACCUACAGGAAUCCCACUACACGCUGCUGCUGGAGAAAAUCGAUUGGGGAGCUUUACUGGAACGUAUUUUAGGCUCCCCAAAGUUGGCCGACUUCGUGGACGGACGAAUUAAUCUGGCCCUACAGGAGGAGAAGGUGCUAAAAGACGGCUCCGGCUCGCAUGCCACCGAACAAGAAAUCGAUCGCCUGAAAAAGGAGAUCGCCUUUAUCAAGCUGGCACUCUCCGACAACCAGGCCGAGAAUACAAAUCUUCAACAGUCUAUCAGCAGACUGAAGAUCGGUCAGGAGGAUCUGUUGGAGCGCAUGCAGCAGCAUGAACUGGCUAGCGAUCAGCGAUUCAGUUUACUGCUGGCCGAGAUCGAAACCAAGCUGGCAGCCCUAAACGACUCCCAGUUUUUCCUGCUCAACAAACAGGUUAAACUCUCUCUGGUCGAGAUUCUAGGAUUCAAACAAUCGACCAUGGGAAGUGGCAAGGACGGGGCCAAGCUGGACGACAUCGAUCUGCAGAAUUGGGUGCGCAGUGUGUUCGUGGCCAAAGACUAUCUGGAGCAGCAGCUACUGGAGCUCAACAAGCGUACCAACAACAACAUCCGCGACGAGAUUGAACGCUCCAGCAUCGUGCUGAUGAGCGAAAUUAGUGAGCGGCUCAAGCGCGAGAUUCUUCUGGCCGUCGAGGCCAAGCAUAAUGAAAGUAACUCUUCUAUCGAGGGGGAAAUCGGCGAGGAGGCAGUGCGUCAGAUAGUCAAGGCCGUGCUAGCUACGUACGAUGCUGACAAGACGGGCCUCGUGGACUUUGCCCUGGAAUCGGCAGGUGGCCAGAUCCUGUCCACACGCUGCACCGAGAGCUAUCAGACCAAAACAGCCCAGAUAUCGGUUUUUGGGAUUCCGCUGUGGUAUCCCACCAACACGCCCCGUGUGGCCAUCUCGCCCAAUGUGCAGCCUGGCGAGUGCUGGGCCUUUCAGGGGUUCCCCGGAUUUCUAGUUCUUAAGCUAAACUCCUUGGUGUAUGUCACUGGGUUUACACUGGAGCACAUUCCCAAAAGUCUGUCGCCCACAGGACGCAUUGACUCUGCACCACGUAACUUUACCGUUUGGGGGCUGGAGCACGAGAAGGACCAGGACCCGGUGCUGUUCGGUGAGUACGAGUACCAGGACAAUGGCGCCUCCCUGCAGUACUUUACCCUGCAGAACCUGGAAAUCCAACGGCCCUACGAAAUUGUUGAGCUGCGCAUCGAGACAAAUCAUGGCCAGCCGACCUACACAUGCCUCUACCGGUUUCGAGUGCAUGGCAAGCCGCCAGCCUCUUAAGUCUGUCUCUGCCGCCGUACCACCCACCACCCACCACUCUCCACUCCCCAGUCUAGUGACCUAAGUUCAGUCAGGUGUACAUAAUAUCUGUGCCUUAAGAAGGAAAACUCAACAAUAUAUCGCCGCGAGGGAAUGGAAGAACGGAUCCAAAGCGCCCUCUUUACUUAUGCUACAUCUAAGGCUAUAGUUUGUAAGUGUUGUUGUAUCAUAUCGUAGAUGGAUGAGUGUUUUUAUAGCCAAUCCGAUAGGAGCAGUUUGUACAUACAUACCUAGGUAAAUAGGUCCAGGCAAGGUCCUAUAAUAUUUAUUCAGAUCUACAUUGUCUUAAACUCGAAGAACUCGUGUCAUCAGUUCCUUUCAGCCUCUUCCCCGAAUAACAGAUUUAAGGAUAUAUUUUAUCAUGUUUGCCAUUUGAAUUCGUUUUAAGGUCAGUCAUGGCUCGUCAAAGCCGCACACACUUUCUACAAAUCAUAAAUUUAAGCUAUCACUAAGUUAUGCUACCUAGAGUGGAACAGAUAAAAUUCUCACACUUGGAUGGAAUGCACAAAUAUAUGUACCAAUCUGUCCAUUUCAAGCUACCCGUGUAUACGUUCUAGAUAAGAUUAAAGAGCGAUCCCAAAAAUAGUUGAUAGUUUGGCCUAAAAACUCUUUCUAUGCAUGUUUUGCUUGUAAGUUCACUUAAUUGGCACAGUUUA